UUAUUAAUUAUGUUCCUUCAUAUGUUAUAAAUUUAUAAAUGUGUCGUUUUUUACGUUAAUAAACAAUUUAUACUUAUAAGUUUAAUGGAAAAAUAAGAUGCCAAGUACGCUACGACAAAUGUAAUGGUCACAUUACACUAAUAUAUUUACUUGUACUGUCCUGAAAAUUUUAAUAUGGAUAAACUGACAGUAAUCUCAGGAACACUUUUCAUGACUGCUGAUGUAUUCGCAAUAGUUAGCCUGGCUAUGCCUGAUUGGAUUAUAACAGAUGUAGGAGGUGAUACUCGACUUGGAUUGAUGUGGUCAUGUAUGACAUUAUAUAACAGACCUCAAGUUUGUUUCACCCCAGACCUACAACCUGAAUGGUUAUUAGCAUUAAUUUGCAUCUUCAUUGGAUGCAUAUGUAUUACUACUACUGUGAUACUUUUAGCAUCCAGUCAUUUUGAUAGAAAUGUGAUCCCAUAUGCUCGUUGGGUUGGAUUUGCAGCAAUGGUGGUUUUCUGCCUGGCAGCAGUAAUAUUUCCAAUGGGUUUCCAUGUAGAUGAGAUUGGAGGUCAACCAUACCAACUCCCAAAUAGCCAUCAAGUUGGAAUCUCAUAUAUAUUAUUUGUACUCUCAUUAUGGAUAACUGUUAUUUCUGAAUUAUUUGCUGGUAAAGUUUGUUUGCCACAUUUCUAAAGGUUUUUUUAUUUAUUGUUAAAAAUGAAAUAUAAUAAUACAAUUAUUUUAUCAUCAUCUAUUAAAAAGUUAAAAUUACUAAAUUUAAAUAAUU